GUCAAAUCUGUCAUAGAAAAAUGCAAAAUUAAUUCAGUAAAAUUUCCGCAAAUAAGGAAAUUAUAGUAAAAUUUCCCAAUUUAAAUAUUUAUAUUUCGUGUGAUGUCCAAACUUUAUUUCCAUCUUGGUUGCAUAACAUCAUAUCUCAAAAUGCAGACGGAAGUGAUAAACAGCAAUAUUGAAAUUUAUCAAGCCACUGACGACGCAACGACUUCUCGAAAAUUAGACGUGAAUCCUAUGUAUUCCUCGCACAAUAUGAACGAUUUAGAUACACUUAAUUACCAAUCUGCUGACGACAUCAGGCAAACUAUGAAAGCGGUGCUAUCUGGGAAACAACGAAAUGUCUACGACGGAAUCGAGGAUGCUAGCUCUACUCCAACAACACAUAAUAAAUUUUCUCAUAAUUCAGGAAGUCAAAAACUUAAAAAAGAGGACUGUGGUUUAAGGUUGCACGUUGUCGAUUCAAAUACAAAUUGUAAGUCGACGGCUGCCUUGAGGAAGCGAGGCAGGCCACCCAAGGCUGGUCCCUCGAAGAAGUUUAAGCAGAUAAAAAAUGUAGCUGAGUUGUAUAAAGGGAAGCUGUCGAACGUGGUGCAAAGUCCAGGCAUUGGUUGUUCGAAUAACUCUUUUUCGGACACUGACUGGUUUUAUUGGCACUGUAAGUACUGUAACACGUUCAAUUUGAACUGAACGUCUUACAGCACUUACAGUGAACAGAAGGAAAUAAAAAACAUGUUAGCUUUUGUAAUAUCGGCGUGUAAAUGAAGAGUACGUAAUUUUCAAAGUCUGGUAUUGUCUGU